AUGUCUGAAAAAGAUAAGCUUUCUUAUUACUUCUCAAGAAAAUUAGUAUCUUCUUCACGUGAUAUAUGUAAUAUAAAUCAUCCUACUACCACAAAUACAACUAUUAUCAAUACAAACGAAUUAAUAGUAUUGAAUGAACUUGAUGAUCGAUUAUCAACAUCAUUAUCUUCGUCAACCAGUACUUGUUUUGAACUUGAAAAUCAAGAUAAUGAAAAUUUAAAUCUCAAAGAAAAUGAAUUUACAACAACAAGAAGAACAACAACAGAUAAUCAUGAAUUAUUAGCUGAAUGUUCACAAAUGAAUUCAUUCAAACGUGAUCCAGAUCGAGGUCCACAAGCAGCUAAAGAAUUUUUAUUAUUAGGUCCAUAUCAACCUAUUACUACUUUUCCAACAAUUAAUCAUCGACAUUUUUGUUCUCGUUGGUAUAAGAUUUAUCCAUGGAUUGAAUUUAGUGAAAUGACUAAAAAAGCUUAUUGUUUUGUUUAUCGACUUGCUUAUUCAUCUGGACGCUGCGAUGAUGCAUAUACCAAGAAUGGUUUUAAUAUUUGGUCAGUGGCUAUUCAAAAGUUUAAUAAACAUCAAUCAACUUUAUCACAUAAACAAGCUAAUGAUUCAUAUAUAAAUGCUGUUCGAAAUCUUACAGAUAAUACUGAUGUUUUGAAAUUAAUUGAUAAUGAACAUAAAAAACAAACAUUAGAAAACCGAAAUUAUUUAAAGGAAAUAAUUCGAUCAAUCAUUUUUCUUGCUAAACAAGGAUUACCUUUUAGAGGUCAUCGUGAAGAUGAUGAAUCAAAAAAUAAAGGCAAUCUUUUGGAGUUACUCGAAUUUCGAAGUUUAGAAAAUGAAUUAAUUAAAAAGAAAUUAAAAACAUUAAAAUAUACACAUCAUUCAAUAAAGAAUGAAUUAUUAUCUUUAAUACAACAACAUAUAAUUUCUCAAAUUGCAUCUGAAAUAAAAAUUUGCAAGUAUUAUUCAGUUAUGAUCGAUGAAACUACUGAUAUUAUACGGCAUCAGCAAGUUUCCUUAGUAAUACGUUAUACUGACGAUCAAUUUCAAUGUUUAUUCAAUUUAUUAAUAGAAUGGUUAAAUAAACUUGGUUUAGAUAUCAAAAAUAUAGUAGGUCAAGGUUUUGAUGGAGCAAGUUCAAUGACCGGUGAAUAUAAAGGUGUUGCUAGUCGUCUUAUACAAGUUUCACCAACAGCUUUAUAUGUACAUUGUAACUGGCACGUUCUAAACUUGUGUUUAGUAGAUGUUGCAGAAGCUGUUGUACAUAUUCGAAACAAUUUUGGUGUCCUUAAAUCAUUAUAUAAUUUAAUUGAAGCAUCACCAAAACGACAUAAAGUAUUUGAAGAUUUGCAAAAAGAAUUCGGUAUUGUGUCCAUAUCAUUAAAACAAUUAUCAGAUACUCGGUGGGCUUGUCGAUAUGAAAGUUUGAAAGUUAUUUUUAGUCGUUAUUUAGAAAUAUUAAAUACAUUGGAAAAACUUGAAACUAGUGAUUCAUAUAUAUUAUUACAAGUAAUAAGAACUUUUGACUUUAUUUUUCAUAUUUAUAUGAUGACUGAAAUCUACAUGAUUACACAAAUAUUAUCAAAAUUCUUACAACGUUCAAAUAUCACUUUAACUGAUGCAUUAGCACAAGUUAAAAUUACAAUUGAUACACUUGAAUCAUUAAGAAAUGAAGAUGAAUUUGAAAGAAUUUGGCAUGAAUCAAUGAAAAUUUGUAUGAAUAACAAUAUUGAUGAACCUCAUGAACGUCGUAAACGAAAAGUUCCAUUAAAAUUAGGUGGUGGUGAUAUUAAUUCAAGUAAUUUAACAAUAAAAGAUGAAUAUCGAGUUAAUUCGUUUUAUGCAGUGUUGGAUAAAAUUGUAACAUCUAUUAAAGAUAUAUUUAAUAAAAACUAUUUAUCUGUAGUUGUUUUAUGUGAAAAAUUAUUCUUAACAAAAGUAUUAUUAAGUAACGAUGAAUUAAAAGAAAUUGCUUGCUUUUACAAUAUGAAUUAUGAUGAUUUAAGGGCUGAAUAG